AUGUUUUCUCUAGUAGCAGGAGUGCUGCGGUGGCUGCAGCAGCAGCAGGAAGUCCGCGUGCUGCUGCUGGGGCUCGAGGGCAGCGGGAAGACGACCCUUGCUCUGCUGCUGCGUUCCCACAGCAGCAGCAGCAGCAGCAGCAGCAGCAGCAGCAGAGGCGGGGGUGAUCUUCCGCAGGUGAGCCCGACGAAAGGGUUUACGGUGUACAAGGUGCAGCAGCAGCUGCAGCAGCAGCAGCAGCUGCUGCUCUGGGAUGUAGGCGGCAGCAAGCCCUUCCAGUGCUUGUGGGGCGAGUAUAUUAAAGAUGCAGAUAUUUGCUUCUUUCUUUUAGACAGUAUUGACACAGGAAGGCUUCCUGAGGCUGCUGCUGCUCUCGGCGCUGUCUUGGAGAGUGCUGCUGCUGCUGCUACUGCAGCAGCAGCAGCAGCAGCGGAGUCUGCAGCAGCUGCUGCUGCGGCGGGGAAGCAGCAGCAGCAGUCGCUUAAGGUCACCCCUCUACGUAUUCUCGUUGUUUGCAGCAAGCAAGGCGAGCCGGGGGCCCUGGAGUGCGGCGUGCUGCUGCAGCGGCUGCUGCUGCUGCUGCUGCAGCAGAAGCAGGAGAGGGACCAGCAGCAGCAGCAGGAGCCAGAGGCAGCAGCACAACAACCGAGCCCCAAGCAGCAGCAGCAGUUGCUGCUGCAGCAGCAACAGAUAAUAAAACAGCAUCUUAUUGGCUGCUUAGGAUUCAAUGCUAUUACCCACGUUGGCCUGGAGGAGCUGCUGCAGGCAGCAGCAGCAGCAGCAGCAGCAGCGCCGCUGCAACAGGCUCAUCAGCGUGAAAUGGUUGCUGCUGCAUUAGAAACAGCAGCAGCAGCAGCAGCUGCUGCUGCUGCUGCAGAUGCUGCCGCAGCCUCAGCGUUCGUCAGCCCAUCCUCCCCAGGCGAACUGCAGCAAAGCCCUGAUCAGCAGCCGAAGCAGCAGCAGCAGCAGCAGCAGCAGCCAUGCGAAGCCAAACAGCUGCCAGUGGGGGAAGGACAUCAAUCCCCUUCUCCGUCUUGCGACGAGCUGCAGCAGCAACAGCAGCAGCACAACUCUCCCAACAGCAGCAGCAGCGGCAUUAGCAGCAACAGCAGCAGCGGGGCGGCUGAAGCAGCAAAGACAGCUUCGCCGCCUAAUGAAAUGAAGACUGUUGCUGCUGCAGGCCCAGCCGUAUCGGGGCCUCUCAGCAGAAACAGCAGCAGCAGCAACAAGAGCGGCGGCGAGAGAAGCAGCGGCAGUGCGUGCAGCAACAGUGCAAGCAGGAAGGCGAACAGCAGCAGCAGCAGAAGCAGCAGCAAGAGGGGAGGUAAGGCGUUAUAUGAGCCCGAGAGUGAGUCAGACUUAGAUAGACUGCUGCAGCGGCAGUGGCUUGCUGCAUCGCAGCAUAAGACAUAG